AUGUCAGUAACUCAUAAGGGCUUGACACUUGGCGUCGAAACGCUGGAUGCGCCUGAUGUUUCUUCGGAAAUCGGCAUUUUGGAUAACUUCUACUGGGUCUCACACAAGGAGCCACACGCUGUCAGGAGACAUGCGAUUCUGAAAUCUCACCCAGAGGUCAAACAGCUGAUGGGACAUGAGCCUCGCACCAAAUACAUCGUUUGCGGGGUUGUCGCUCUACAGUGUACCAUGGCAUAUCUGCUGCGUGACACCAGCCCCCUGUCUCUAAAAUUUUGGCUAUGUGCCUAUGUUGUCGGUGCAACUGCAAAUCAAAACAUUUUUCUGGCCAUUCAUGAGCUCUCGCACAAUUUGGCAUUCCGCAAAAUAUGGCACAAUAAGUUAUUCUCGGUGUUUACUAACACUCCUAUCGGCAUUCCCUACGCGGCCUCAUUUGCUCCAUACCACCAACUCCACCACAAGUUUCUUGGAGACGAGGUUUACGAUACAGAUAUCCCUACAAAGUUGGAAGCUAUUGUCCUCUCUAGCGUCUUGGGCAAAGCCUUUUUCGCAACAUUUCAAAUCUUUUUUUACGCCUUCAGACCCAUGUUUGUCACAUCCAUCCCCAUGUCUCCAUUGCAUUUGAUCAACGUAGCGUACCAACUAGCGUUUGACUAUAUAUGGAUCCAAAAUUUUGGUUUCAAUUCCUUCCUAUACUUCCUCAUCUCUGCCUUUUUGGCGGGUUCUCUGCAUCCAUGCUCGGGCCAUUUUAUCGCAGAGCAUUACCUUUUGAACUUAGAGGAAGCACUGGCCGGAGGUAAACUUGCAUACAAGAAUACUCCAGCGGAAAAGGAAUCUAUUCACUCCACCGAUGAGUCUCAGGUUUCUCGGAAGGACGUGGAGUUUCACAAGGACUACGCGCUAGAGACCUACUCUUACUACGGAAUUCUGAACGUCUUCACCUGGAAUGUUGGUCUACACAACGAACAUCAUGACUUUCCCUUCAUUCCAUGGUCUCGGCUCUGGGAGUUGAACCGCAUGUGUCCCGAAUACUACCAAAACCUGCCAAAACACGAUUCCUGGUGUAAGGUACUUUGGGACUUCGUAUUCACUGAAGACGUGACACUGUACAAUAGAACCAAGCGUGUCAACAAAAAUUUAACAAAAGAUUAG